UCUCAUGGCCCCCUUCCGACCCGGGUUCUCUGUUGGGUUGGCCUCGCUCUCGCUGACGCCGCCGCUGCGUCUUCCUCCGGCAAGGAUCCUUUGACGCCAUAUAUCCUGGACCAAAUCAGCAAGUGCGUACGCAUCGAUGGCACGAUGUGGUUUGCCGCCGGUGCCAGGAUGCGGCUGCAGCGACGGUUGGGGCGCCGCUCAAGCUGUGCGUGGGUCAACGCCGCUGCGCGCCGUCGGCGGGGAACACCGGCGCUCAGAAGAUUAGCUAUAUUUUGGCGUUGGGCUCAUGAUCUCGUGUUUGGGUGCGAAAACACACGAAAUCCUUUCAGCUUGAUUUUGUGAUUUGGUUUUAUCUCUGGGAAUGCUCGCUAAUGGGCUGACCGUCGCUGUGAAGAGACUAUCCAAUUGUUACAUGUAUGACAAGGAAUUCCAACGUGAGGUUGAAUGUUUGCUCAAGGCGAAUCACACAAAUAUAGUGAGAUUUCUAGGAUACUGCGCUGAUACGCAAGGCACUAUGGCAGAUUUGAAUGGAAAGGUUGUCAUGGCAGACGUGCAACAAAGGUUGCUCUGCUUUGAGUACCUGCCUAAAGGAAGCCUCGAUGGGUAUAUCCAAGAUGCAUCUGGUGGACUUAACUGGAGCAAGCGGUAUAAAAUAAUUAAAGGGAUCUGUGAGGGGUUAAGUUAUCUUCACCAGAAAAAAGUCAUCCACCUAGAUCUAAAACCCGCGAACAUAUUGCUAGAUGCUAAUAUGGUAGCCAAAAUCUCUGACUUUGGUCUAUCAAGAAUCUUCGAGGAAGAUAAGAGCCGUUUCGUUGCUACAAAAGUGGGUGGAACGCUAGGAUAUUUGGCUCCGGAAUUCACUAGUAAUGAGAUCACACACAAGUUUGACUUGUAUAGUCUUGGUGUUAUACUCGUAGAGGUUUUGACUGGAAAGAGGGGAUAUCAAGCUGUCGACACUGUACUUGAAAGUUGGAGUAAUAGAUUGGACAAAUCACAGGGAGACACCAGUUUCGAACAAAUUCGAGUAUGCACAGAGAUAGGGAUGGAGUGUAUUGACACCAACCCAGAGAAGCGACCAGUUAGUAUACAUCAUAUAGUUGCUCGGCUGAAUGAAACAGAAAGUAGUCAGCAAGCCGUAAAGCCCUCGGGACACCUGGUGAAUCUAGGUUCCAGCGAUCUUCUUGAAGUCCAACCAUUAGUUCUUCGAUUUCCAUUCGAGCCCAACAAGUCUAUACAGUGCUCACUGCUGCUAACCAACAACACAGAUGAGCAUGUCCCAUUUCGUCUUAUAAACAAUAGCGGGAACAAGAUGUGCUUCGUGAGGCUGCCACUAUUUGGCAUUGUGCUGCCGAGGUCUGUCUACACUCUUGUUGUGACAACAUAUAAGCAGGAGAAGCUUCCAGAACAUAAAUACUUUGAUUUGAUCCUGGAGAGUACUAUAUUAGGUGAUGAGCACAACUGGUCAUCUGAAACAUAUGAGCAGGAUGAUUUUUUUGAGAAAACCAAAAAGAUGGGGCAUAUGGUGCGUGAGGUGACACUGAAAGUUGUUUGUACUCCACAACGAGGGAUUAUAACGUCUGAGGUUUUACAUGUGGACAUACCUUACAAGGAUAUAAGUUGCUGGGACAUAAACCCGACGAAGCAAUGGAUAAUAAUCGGACACAAGUAUGGACGCAUUCGCCUCUGGAGCUAUGAGACACAGAAGCUAGUGGGUUCGUUUAAAGUCUCAAGGGAAAAAGUCUCCUCCAUUAAAUUUAUUGAAUGGAAGAAAUGGUUUGUGGCUGGGACAAAAGAUGGUUUCAUCCACGUGUACAGCUACGAUAAACUGAAAAAGAUUAAAAGUUUCAGAGCUAAUACUGAAGCUAAAUCUGUCAAAACACUGGCCGUUCAUCCAACCCGGACGUAUAUGUUGUCAGUGUCACCUAAAUGCAACCAGGCAAAGCUUUGGGACUGGAACAGGGGCUGGGAGUGCAUCCAAACAUUUAUGACGGAAUACUCUACUGAACGCAUGUUCGUAUUUAACCCGAUGGGCAUUACCAUUGCUAGUGCUUCAGAGCACACAAUUAAGAUGUGGGGCCCUGAUUCAGCAGAAUCUAAGUACUUUCUGUCUGGGCAUUCAAAAAAAGUGAAUUGCUUGGAAUUUUUCACAUGUAAUGAUCAUCAGUAUUUGAUUACGGUCUCUGAUGAUUGUACUGCGAAGAUAUGGGAUAUAAAGAAAAGGACGUGUGUUCAUACACUCGAAGCUUUCAUGUCUAGAGUAAUGUAUGUCUAUUCCUCUCCAAAUCUCCCGAUCCUAAUUACAGGUUCCUGCAAUGGUACUGUGCAUUUGUGGAACUCUGCCAAUUUCAGGGUUGAGAAAGUCUUUCAAAAUUGCUGUGCAUCUGUAUGUCGACUUUCUUGUUUGAUGGAUCCACAAAGGGUUGUCAUUGGAUAUGCAAAUGCAAUUUCAGUCAUGUGCUUUGGUAAUGUGGGCUUUGAGCCAGGAUCAACGGAUUCUUGUGAGCAUAAGUUAAAUGCAGAUAGCGUACUAGGAAACACAACAUCUGAGGACUCUAACAUGUCUGCUCCGGAGAAAUCGAUGGAAGUUGACUACCUGUCAAAGGUGAUCGUAGGCCCCGGCAGGCUACCUGAUAAUGUCCAUCUCCAGUCGCCCUCACUCGAGCUAGUAAACAAUACAGACCAACACGUGGCAUUUAGGUUCAAGCGGAAAGGCGGUAUUUUGCAUGCCAAAUCCACUCACACUAUCGUUGUAGGAUGUACAGAUGGAGUGAUCCUUGAGUGCAGCAUAUUGGGGGAUAGGUACGUGACAUUUAAAGAUCAGUCUGAGUGUAAUGAAUUUUUCGAGGAAGCCAAAGAGAUGGGGAAUGUUGUGCAUGAGCUGGCACUGGAAGGUAUUUUUACUCGCCAAGGAGAGACACCAUUUCCGGCAAUCCCACCUAUUACAAAGAUCAUCGUGGGUCUGAGCCGUAAUGAUUUUGCCGAACUGUGUGCCCUGGAUGUACACCCAACAGACCGAUUGAUUUUAACAGGUUAUGAAAGUGGAAGCCGCUACAGUGAGGUUCACCUUCACAAUUAUGAUACGCCGGACAUGGCCCCUCUGCACACAGUCUGCGGUACAAAACCUUAUUGCGUUAAAUUUGUUGCACAAAAACAACAGUUUGUAGCUGGGACAUCUGAUGGUUUCAUCCAUGUGUACAAUUAUGGAAGGGAUAUUCAAAAAAUAAUUAUUUUCAAAUCUGCUGACUACUUCGAUAUAAGACUGGCCGAUCAUUCAACCAAAUCGUAUGUUAGUUCACUAUCAGCUGGCCCGAUAAAACUUUGGGGCUGGAACAAAGGCUCGCCAAAUCUCAUUAACGAAAACACGGACUGGAAGUGCACACAAACAUUUGAGGCCGUACAGUAUUGUCUUGAGUGGCCUGCUGUAUUUAACCCGAAGGACACGAACUGUUUUGUUGUUGCUUCAGAUGAUUUCACAAUAAAGGUUUAAGUUUCUCUUUUUUCUUU